AUAUUAGGAGUCAUUUAGUUUCUAGAAUUUGAAGGUGGCAAUCAAUGAGCAUAUUCUCUUCAACAUCAGAUGUAUUGAUUGAAGCUUCUUUGAGCGCAGCUUAUACUAUUACGAUGACACGCACUAGGAGGAGUUGCCCCAAAGCAGAUGAUAAUUGAAUGUAUAGUACGAAAAAAUCAGAGUUGUCAUUUUUGUCUAUCAGGAUCACGCCCCCAAACUAAACCGCCAAUUGAAAAGGAAAGUUGAGAACUCAAGAGAACUUUCACAAAAGAAUCGAUAUCUUUCAGUGGCAAAGUGACUGUCUUACUUGGACCCCUCGCGUUUGGGGGCGAAUUCAUGUUAGAGAUCUUCAUCCUAACCGUUGUGUAUAGAUACCAUGAAGACUGGUAUAUCGUACACAUAUCACUAGGUGUAGCUCGUGGGGUAAACAAUGGUGUGACUUUUUUAAAAAAAGAUAUCAUCGUCCACAAACAUUUUAAGUCCAGAAAGGACAACAUCUCCCCUAUUACUUUUCCUUUGUUUAAUUAUCCUGCAAACCUUCACUUUUAGUAUUAGCUAGAAGCAGAAUUAUCUUGUUUGCUGUCCUUCGUAUAACAUUCACUAAGCCACUUUUCUUCAUUGAAGUUGGUCAGCCUUAUCUUCCAGUCCUUGUGAGGUCCGGCAUCAAGCCUGACUUUUUUGAAGUUGAUCUUUCACUGUUCAUGUUAGUCUUGACGUUCUUUGUUUGUCUGCGCCCUUAACGAUUGUUGAUGGUUCAGCAACAAGAACCGUGUAGAAUUUCAUUUCAUAUUUGCUAUACUAAUUCAAGUGCAAUAUGGUCCGUUGAUAAGGAGCAGAACGAGGUGUCACUCAGCAUUGGCGAUGGGAUUGUUAAGGGUCUAAAGAUCCGACAGGAAUCGAUCUUGAUUCUCUCCCCUCAUUUACUCGGAGAACUUCAGUUCAAAGCCGCUUUAAGAAGUGCCUCUGCACAUGGCACCAAGUACGAAGAACUUACUGACAAACAUCAUUUGCAAUUGAGAGGUGGCCUUGGAAAUUUUGAAAUGUGA